UUAGUGGUGUGAAGUUUGCGCGAGCCGCACACGAAACACACGAUAAAUAUUUUCAUUUUAAUUUUUACACAAUCCCCAAUUUAAUCGUGCUAUGGAAUUAAUUUCUCCGAGUAAAUCAGUUGGAUUGUGUCUUGUGCUUUCCGUGAUCUACGUCUCUAGUCUCUAUGUGUGGAAUUCAAAGGAGAAAAGGGAUCAUCCAUCAACGAUCCUGAAGAGAUUCCUCAGUGUCUUCCUGGUGAUGAGUAUAUCUCCAUUGUUCCUGUACGUCUCUUCCUCACAGACGCUCCUGUCACGUGUGGCGCUCUGGGAGGCGAUGGGAUUCCGUCGAGACGGUCUCAUUGUGGCCUUUGCAAUCCCCCUCAUCCUUACUGCACUCCUCUUCCUCGGGCCCAUCUCAAUGCAGAUCUACAGUGGAGUGUGGAGGCUGUAUUUCCGCCCUACGUACUGGUUCUCCAGCUUCUGUGACAUCCUCUGGCUACGGAAUCACGUUGUGGCACCCCUAUCGGAGGAAUUUACCUUCCGGGCAUGCAUGUUGCCCAUCCUCCUGCAAUCCUUCACACCCAAUGUGGCCAUCUUUCUCGUGCCUCUCUUCUUUGCUGUGGCGCACUUCCAUCACAUCAUCGAACGCCUCCGGACGGGGAUGGAGGUGAAGACUGCUGUGACCAUUUCUUGCUUCCAAUUCUCCUACACGUACAUCUUUGGCGUCUAUUCGGCAUACUUAUUCACCAAGACGGGACACUUUGUAGCCCCAUUCGUCGUGCAUGCCUUCUGCAAUCAUAUGGGCUUCCCGGAUCUCAUGGAACUCUCCAAUCACCCGAAUAAGCGCCUCCUGCAGUUUCUCUACAUUCUGGGGCUCGUCUCGUGGAUCAUCCUCUUGCCCAUUGUCACCAAACCCAGUAUGUACUCCAAUAAUCUCUAUGCUGACUACCUGUGAUUCCUGAUCUCCCGCAUAAUCUUGCCCCCUAGUCGCAGCUUCCGUAAGAUAUUCUCUCUUUCUCUCCGUAGCCAGGGUGCUCCACCCUUUUUUCUCUUCUCUUUCACGUUAGAAAAACAAAAUGCCCGUGAUUUUAUGAAGCGCUUUGCCACAUUUUAAUGUUAAAAAAUAAUACAUCUUUUUUUUUGUAAAUAAUAGUAUACAAUAUAGUUAGACGUAGGAAAGAAAUUUUAGCGUGAUGGUCUCUAAAGAAAUCGCUUCAUUGAAUUUCUGCCAUUGCGUUGUGGGAAGCACAGAAGAAAAUUCUCAGGGAGAUAAAAAAAAGUCUUAAUGUCUAGUCCCCUGUCUUAAAGAAUCCAUAAACUUACUCUCUAAAUUGCUGGCUUGAAAAAGCAAAAUAUUGUAAAAAGAUUGAAUUUCUUUAGCCAGUUACAACAUUUGCUGAUUCAGCUAACGAAAUCUUCUGUAUGUAUUUUGAUGUAUCCCAACGCUGCCACCAGUUGUAACCCCAACAUUUUUUUUUUCGUCUUAAAAUUAAACCAUCACGCAGCCAUUACAAAAAGUUUUUAAAAAUUCUUUAGAGAUUAAAGUUUAAAAAAAAAGAAAAGAAAAAAUGAAUGAUAAACUGAUACUUAACGCUCGAACAAAGAAAAUGUGUCUUAAACAUUCGAUAAUAAAAAAAUUGAAUUUAAAA